UGGAAAUAAAGUACUUACAAGUCAUAAGAAGAACUUAAUUUCCUUACCAACCAAUACAGGAUAUCAAAUUUGGGCUUGUUGGAGACAAUAUAUGCAAGUUUGCUUUAUUUUUUUGUUUUCUACUUUGGAUUCAUAGCUUCUUUUUCUCUCUUUGUUCUCUUAUCAUGAGUACUUCUACUACUACUAUUGCUUAUUAGGAGUAUUGUGUGGGAUGAAGCAUAAGAGAGGCAACCAAGAAGAUCAUGACUUGGUGUAACGACUGCAAUGAUGUUCAGACAAUAGAAAGUACAUCCCCACCUGCAACUUCCAACAAUAACAACAACAACAAUGUUGUUAUUGCUCAAAGACACAAAGAGAAUCUAUGCAAAACUUGUCCUUCAUGUGGUCAUCAAAUCAAAUGCCAAGACCAGGCUGGGAUUCAGGAUUUGCCAGGGCUGCCGGCCGGAGUGAAGUUCGAUCCGACGGAUCAAGAGCUUUUAGAACAUUUGGAGGGGAAGGUGAGGUGUGAUGCUAGGAGGGUUCACCCUCUAAUUGAUGAGUUCAUACCAACACUUGAAGGAGAGAAUGGGAUUUGCUACACCCAUCCAGAGAAAUUGCCAGGAGUUAGCAAAGAUGGUCUAGUGCGCCAUUUCUUUCACAGGCCAUCAAAGGCAUACACAACAGGAACCAGGAAGAGAAGGAAGGUGCACACAGAUGCGGAGAGCGGGGAGACCCGGUGGCACAAAACAGGCAAGACCAGGCCAGUCUUCUUUUCUGGCAAAAUCAAAGGAUACAAGAAAAUACUUGUUCUCUACACCAACUAUGGCAAGCAAAAGAAGCCAGAGAAAACAAACUGGGUGAUGCACCAAUACCAUCUUGGCAAUAAUGAGGAAGAGAAAGAUGGAGAGCUUGUGGUUUCAAAAGUUUUCUACCAAACACAGCCUAGACAAUGUGGUAAUACUACUAGCAAUUCAGUAAUGAUCAAGGACUCACUAAUGAUUCCAAAGUUUAAGGAAGUAAAUGAUCAGAGUUCUCAUCAUCAUCAUCAGACGUACUAUAAUCCUUCAUUUAUGUCUUUUGAUCAAGGUGGGUCUAAUAGGUCGAGUUCUCAACUAAUGCCACAUUUUGGUGUCCAUGAUGGAUCUUCUUUCAUUCCUUGAAGAAGAAGAGAUUGUGUUUUGGAGGAAUAAAUUAAUGUUCUUACCUCUUAAUAUAUAUAUAUAUAUAUGUUUUAGGACAGCCACCAAAAAGGGUUGGAAGGAAUAAGGUUUCUUGGCUUAAAAGGGUAAGAAACAAAGAUUCUUCUUAAUUUACAUAUAAUAAUUUUUGUUUCUAUGUGAUGCAUGUGCUUUGUACAGUGUGAGGAAAAUGUAUGUUUCACACCAGCCUUGUCAUGUUGAUAGACCAACUGUACAAAGAUUGUUCUUACCAGAUUGACUAUUCCAUGACAUGUUUCACAUGAUAGUUGAUAUUAUGUCGCUUUA